CUCUCUCUACUAACUGCUUACCCAACACGGACGCGCCAUUUGAUUUUUUGUGGAUGCUCUGACCUAUAAGCUUGUCAUAGCCCUCGCCUUUCGCCAUCAUGUUUGGCAAAGACAAGGAAAAGGACAUUGAAAAGUCCGGCAAUCCCAAUGGCGGCAACACCACCGAGAAGAAGGCCGACAACCCGUAUGAGGGUCUAGACGAAUAUGUCGCCCUUCAGCGCUACAUCUCAACCUACCGUGACCCGCGUGCUGCUAAAUUCGAGGAGGCCGCCCUCGAGGAGGAGCGCAAAAAGGCCAAUGCCGGCAAGAAGUGGUGGCAGAGUAAAAAGGCCGACGAUGGCACCGGCUCCGACACCACCGGUAUCGUGCCUGACGAGUGGCUCGAGGCCGACAUCAAGUACGGUAUCACCGAUCACGAUGUUGCUGAGCGCCGCAAGCGUUUCGGCUGGAAUGAAAUCGUCACGGAGAAGACAAACAAAUUCCUUCAAUUCAUCAGCUACUUCCAAGGUCCCGUGCUCUACGUAAGUUGACCUGCUACUACUACUGACUGCCACCACUGUC